GUAUGGCUCAUAGAAAAAGAACCCGGGACCGAAGACCCUUCAGCGUGUUCCUUGGCGUUCCGUCGCAGCGCUCCACUUCCUGUCAGAAACUCCUUGACACAAAUCUUGCCUGACGAGCAUAGUGGAGAUGCAUCGAACUCACCAGUUUUCCACAUCUGCGAUACAUUUCAUCAGAGAAUGAAACUCGACAUUCUAAUGCCGUCUGUAGGAUUUGAUUGCCGUUUGAAAAUACGAACAUUUCCAAAGUCUCCACAAACAACGACACCACAAGCAGAAGAAGAGCACAAAAUUCUAGAAAACUACCUCAUGGAAAUGAGGAUUGAAGAUGGUCAGCUGAAGUUUCCACCAAUUUCCAAGCUACCAGAUGGGUUUGACCUUUUUUUUCAGCGUCGCAGCCUUCGAAAGACAUAUCGGUAUGAAGAUGACGGAGACAUGUUCACUUUGACUGUUUGCAAAGACCAGUCAAAAGAAGUGAAUGCCGACCAGACUGAUGCGUACAGUUUUAAUGAAUCAGAAGCGAAGGUAUUACUAGUCAUACAGAAACAAUUUAGCACUUAUAUGCAUUUCCCUGAUUCAAAUCCGUCCUCACCAUUAGGUGUAAUUCUUCACGAAUGUCAUUUUUUCUUCCUUCGCUCACAGGUGGCUCAGUAAGCAAUGUGAGCGUAUGUUUGUUUUUUUGU